AGCAGGGCCCUGCUGAACGCGACAGGUCACUCCAGGCAGGAGUUCCCUGAGCAGGAACUAGGCUUUAAGAUCUGCCUGGCACCCCCAGUGGGAACCUGAGUUCACAGGCUCCGCCUUCUUCACUCCUAGGAGGCUCUACGCUGUUUGUUGAGAUGUCACUGAGGCGGCCGAGGGACAAGGACAAGGGGGACAAGGACGGAAGCUUGGAGGUCACGGGCCAGCUGGGGGAGGUGAUGAAGGAGAGUGCCCGCAUCGCCUACACCCUUGCCAGGGCCCUCCUGAUGCAGCACAACCCCUCCAACGAGUACCUGGUGACCUCCCACCUCCACCUGCACGUGCCCGAGGGCACCACCCCUAAGGACGGCCCCAGCGCCGGCUGCACCAUCGUCACAGCCCUGCUCUCGCUGGCCAUGGACCGGCCAGUACGGCAGAAUCUGGCCAUGACGGGCGAGGUCUCCAUCACAGGCAAGAUCCUGCCCAUGGGCGGCAUCAAGGAGAAGACCAUCGCCGGGAGUGUGGUGCCCGAGGGCUGACACUGCCCCGGGAAGCUCCCAGCCACAUUACACGGGUUAGGCGACGAAGGGGGAUGGCCCAUUUUAUAGGCUGGCAAAGCGAAGCCUAGGGUGGCACGGGACUGGGCUGCCCCUCCAGUCAUUUGCAUAGUGUUCAGGGCCUCUUCAUGAGAAAGUACCCAUCUGGCUCCCGGAGGAUGGCAGUGGGACCCCUGCCCCGCCUGCUGCCUCCUCGCCCAAGCGGCCUUGCACAGGAACUAGGUUGGUGAGCCAAGACCAGAGGCACACCUGUGCCAUCUUACCCUUGGCAGAGCAUCCUCCACAGCACCCCGCCUAACACCCUUUGGGGGACAGGGUCUCCGCAGCGGGAUAGAGGCUCCAGGAGUCCCCAUGCACUGAGUCCCUGUCCUCCAAGGGGUGGAUUCAGGCUGAGGGAUGGCAGUGCAGAGGCCCGGGCCUAUGGGGCUGGAAUUCCAGGCAAGCAGGUAAAUGUCAUGUUGGCUGUAUUUUAAAUGCACUCACGGUUCCUUUCCAGCUCCCCGCACAAGUGUGAACCCCUAAGUGUAAAGCAGUGGGCACUGCCGUGGAUUCAGGAAAUGUCUCCCCGACACCACUGGGUGGGGAUUCCAGGACGAGGCCUAGGCUCCUAACCCCGUUUCUGCCCUUGGCUGAAGUGCUGUCCCCUCAGGACAAACGCGCUGGCGUGACAUGCGUCAUUCUGCCGGCCGAGAACAAGAAGGACUUCUAUGACCUGGCUGCCUUCAUUACCGAGGGCCUGGAGGUCCACUUCGAGGAGCACUACCAUGAAAUCUUCACCUUAGCCUUCCCUGAGGAGCAGGCCGAGGCUCUGGCCCCUGAGCGGUGACAGCAGCCUGGGUGUGGCUGGCACCGACGGGCCCAGCAGGGCAGAGGCCCCGGGCAGCCGAGCCCCCCGAGGCUCAGGAACCUGACUUACAGCCUAAUCACUGAGCCUGGCAUAUGACUUAUUUAGCUAUGAUUAAAACACCAUUUCCAGUA